UGUGUCUGUGCAGUAUACAUUUACACAGAGCUAGUGAAGAGGAGAGAAACAGUACAAAGUGUGGCUGCAGAGUUAGCCUCGUGCCUCAGAUCGUUCCAGCUCAGCCCAGCACCCUGAUGCUGCCAGCCUGCCGGGGAUGGGUUCUUCUGCCAUUGGGCUGGCUGUGAACUGGGUGGACUGGAAGCACUGGUUUCUGCUGUUCAGCAACAGAGACUUGAACCCGGGCUCCCAAUUCCUGUCUCUGCUGUUCCUGCCCCUGCUUCUCUCUCUGUUACAAACAGCCUCAGCUGAUCCUUCACAGGAGGAUCAGUUUUAUACAGCAUUAAACCAGGAUGCCGUGCUGACUGUGAACUUCACCAGCAACUCCCAGUGUGAUGUUUUCUGGAGAAAGACCAUUAAAGCAGUCAACUCAAGUGUAAAGAUGGUCUAUAAGCACAUGCAGAAUAUGUCAAAGGGUGAUUUUCUGGGACCGUACCUCACAAGAGCACACUACUACUCUCACAACAACACCUUGGUGUUAAACAACGUGACUGAAGAGGAUGAGGGGGUAUAUGAAGUGACCCAGGAGUGUGGUGCAGAUAGCACAAUUUCAAGAAGGAUGAUCCGGCUAUCUCUGAUGUCCCCCCUCUCAGAGCCCCUCAUUACAGUCUCCGUACGCAACACCUCGCACUCCAUGCUGCUGACCCUGAGUUGUGAGCUCACAGAGGGAACGCAGCCCUCCUAUUGGUGGCUGAAGGAUGGCAAGCCCCUCCCCCAGGACGGCAGGCACUUUGUGUCGGAGCAGAACUCGUCUCUGGAGGUGAGGAAUGCGACGGAGCAAGACUGCGUCACCUACACCUGCGUGAGCCAGAACAGGCUGGGAAGCAGGGAGGCACAGCGGGACAUCACUGCUAACGACAGCCCUGCCUGUAUCUCCCCUGGGUCUGCAGGCUCACUCACUCCGGCUCAGAUUCUGUCAAUAGCAGCUGCAGUGCUGUGUGUGGCAGGGCUGUGCAUCGUUGUUUAUUGCACCAAGAGGCAUUAUCAGGAAAUCCGGACAUGGUUCAGAGACCGCUGGAGAAAUCCAGGGAACAGCAUGGAGCAAAGCAGCCUGGACAGGGGAAGCAGAAGAGAAUCUCCAUACGAUAUGCCAGAGGAAGAGUUGCUUAAUGAAGAAAACAUGCAGGGUGCUGCCUCCGCUGGGGACAGUGUGAAGGUCCAGUACGUCUACAUGGAUUUCCUUCCCAAUAGAGGGAGCAGCCACAGGCAGACUGAGGAAGAGGACAACCAUGGAUACUCCACCAUCAACUACCGCGAUAUCCAGGAGGGCCCUGACACCAGAGAACUAAACACUGACCUCGAAGAACAAGGGGAGUCAGAACCCUGGCACUGAACUGCAGACGUUCUCACCACUCCAGAGCUGUGCUGCGUUGCAAGACGACUCACAUUCCGCUGCAGCAUGGCCAAAAAUGUUUAAAUCAUUUUUUUUUUGUAUAUUGUUUUUGUACAUAUUUUGUAUCGAAUAAAAAAUAAAUCCCGUCUUGUAAAUCUGCUUCAGUCUUACUUGCAAUACUGUGCAGUCAAGUAUAGUGUUUUAUAUUCUGUAGAAAAAAGGACCACCUAUUAAUAAAG